AUGGCCUUUUUACCUCAAAAUCACUUCCAACAAUUCAUUCAGCAGCCAUCUUCACAGCCCCAACAAUCUAAGCCUUACAGGGAUAUGUAUAACAACAACAUGGAGGGUCAGAUUUCACAGCAAGUUGCCUACUUCAACACCCCUAAUCUUCUUGAUCACCACCCACCUUAUAUCCCUCCUUUUGAAGUGGCUGGAUUGGCCCCAGGCCCGGCACAUGAGGAGAACGGGCCGGAUCCACAGUGGAAUUUCGGGCUCGAGCAGAAGAGAAAGACACCAACGGAGCAAGUUUUCCUUGAGAACAGUAUUAAUAUCAACAACAGCAAUAAUAACUCUCAGCUGUCAUCUGUGGAUUUGUUGCAGGCCCGGUCAGUAUCUACCGGGCUGGGCCUCUCGUUGGAUAAUCCUCGUUUGACUUGUUCUUCGGGUGACUCGGCUUUGAUCGGGCUUGUCGGGGAUGGUCUUGAUCAGGAGUUGCAGAGACAGGAUGCCGAGAUUGAUAGAUAUAUUAAGCUUCAGGGUGAACGCCUUCGGCAAGCAAUCCUCGACAAAUUCCAGGCUACCCAACUCCAAACCAUGUCAUACAUCGAGGACAAAAUUGUCCAAAAGCUACGGGAGAAAGAAUUCGAGGUUGAGACCAUCAACAGAAAAAACGCCGAGCUCGAGGCACGCGUGGAGCAGCUGGCAUUAGAGGCCAACGCCUGGCAUCAACGUGCCAAACAGAGUGAAAACACCAUCAACACCCUAAAGCUCAAUUUACAACAGAUGUACGCCCAGAGUCGGGAUAGCAAAGAAGGGUAUGGAGAUAGCGAAAUUGACGACACCGCCUCGUGCUGCAAUGGUCAACCAGUUGACUCUCGCUCUCCGGCGAUGACGUGUAAGGUGUGUGGUGUGAAUGAGGUGUGCAUGCUCCUGUUGCCAUGUAAGCAUUUAUGUUUAUGCCGGGAUUGUGAGGGGAGGGUGAGCGUGUGCCCCUUGUGCCAGUUGUCAAAGUAUAUAGGGAUGGAAGUUUAUAUGUAG